AUGGCAAACUGCUGCGAUGACCUCGGCUCCAGCGCCAACAUGCAGCUGAUCUAUGUCAUGGCAGCCAUCGUCUACAUCCUGACCUCUGUAGCAGCGGCCGUGGUACAAGUCUUCGCCGGGGGUCUUGAAGGGACGGGGGUCCGCCCUUUGGUCAGCCUGAUGCUCCUCGGGGUUUUCGUGCUUUGGAUCAUCAUGAUUUCCUCACGCUGCUGCGCGCCGUGCUGCUGCCAGGAUACCAUGCCGAACGUGCCCUCGCCUUGCCCGGUCGGGCCUCUGAACAUGGCGAUGAACUCAAAGAUCCUGGACUACCCGUUCAUGAUCGGCAUUGGUGGUGAAGUCGUCACCACGGCUCCCGCGGUCCUGCUGCCAGUCUUCUUCCGAAGCUUCAGAGACGACAGAGGUGGCAACAUGAUGGUCCUGCAGCUGACUCGGUUUCUCUGGGUCGGCCUGACGACCCUCGGCGCCUUCUGCGCCUUCAGGAGGUUCGUGAUGAUGCGGCAGCAGCAGCUGGCUGGAGCUGGCGAAGUUCCCCCUGGCAUGGUCACACAAGGAGUAGUUACUGGCACGACUGUCGGAGUCCCGGUGGGUGUUGCUGUGGAAACGAGCAAAGGUGAGCCCGCCCCGGUGGCUUAA